AUGGGUGUAAAGAAAUUCACGAAGAAGGGUUUAGGAGAAAUUGGGUUCAACGCCGGCGGUGGAGUUAUCAAUUGGUUUCUUGGUCACAUGGCCGCAGCCUCUCACACCAUUCACGAUCGACUCAAGCAAGCUAACCUUGUUGUUGAGGUCCGCGACGCUCGAAUUCCCCUGUCGUUUGCCAACCAGGACCUUCAAUCUAACCUCUCCGCCAAACGACGCGUUAUUGCUCUCAAUAAGAAGGACCUUUCCAAUCCCAAUAUCAUGCCGAAAUGGGUUCGUCAUUUUGAAUCGUUCCAACAAGAUUGUAUUCCCAUAAAUGCACACAGUAAGACUUCUGUUAGGACGCUUCUUGAGCUGAUGGAGUUUAAAUUGAAGGAAGCGAUUUUGAAAGAGCCAACUCUGCUUGUUAUGGUUGUUGGGUUUCCUAAUGUUGGAAAAUCUGCUUUGAUUAAUUCCAUUCAUCAAAUUACGUCGUCUUACUUUCCUGCACAAGGGAAGAAUAAGAGAGCAACAGUAGGUCCUCUGCCUGGUGUUACUCAAGAUAUUGCUAGUUUCAAGAUUGCUCAUCAACCGAGCAUAUAUGUACUGGACACUCCAGGUGUACUGGUUCCAAGUAUCCCUGAUAUAGAGACAGGACUAAAGCUUGCUCUUGCAGGUCAGCCCUCUUCGAUUAGUUCUUUUUUGUUUUGUUUUUGUUAUUGUUUUUCUUUAAUCUGUUAAAUUAAAUGUGAACAUUUGAUGAUGUACUUAUUGUAUGCUGAAACUGUAACAAGUACAAAAACUAGAAUUGGUUAACGAAU